AAAGGAAGUACUCGGUAUUAGUCGAAAUAAAGCUAAAUUUGAGCUUUUCAAACACUCCGUGCAUAGUUUGGUAAAGCUACAGAAUACGAAGUAAACAAUGCAUGGGAAGUUGGGAGCACACCAUUUUCAUGACUGCCUCGGAAGAUAGAAAAGAACGCAGUGAAAAAGAAUCUAUCAAUCAAUACACAUUGUUCCUUUUCUCCCCGCCCACUUCUGCUGACUCCUCUGCACGGACUCCUCUUUUAUUGCCUGCCAUGCCACCCAGAAACAAGCGCCCAAAGGUAUCAGUUUCUUCUUGCGAUUUUUUGCUCUUAUAAGCAUGCCCAGAAUAUCAAGAUUUUCAAUUGCAAAAUUGGGUGUAGAAAUGUAAGAGUAUAUGAACUUUCAAAGCUUUCCCGCAGAAGGGAUUGCAUCGAAUUGACGCCGCACUAGAUGCUAUGCGGCCGUUAGGGUUUUCAAACGACGUCGUUCGCAAAUCAGUCAAAGAUCUCCUCAAGGUUUAUGGAGAUGAAGGGUGGGCAUUCAUUGAAGAGGGGUCAUACAGGGUUCUAAUUGAUGCCUUGUUGAGCGGAGAAACAGAAUCUGUUCAAGAACCCAAUACGGAGAAAAGAUUUGUUCUUGACAGUUCCAAUUUGCAGAGAAAUGCUGAAACUUCAGAGAACGAGCAGGGUAGUGAGAUGGUUAGUGUAGACUAUGAUAAAGUUAUUGAUGAAAUUAGAGUGUCUGAUAAAGAAAUGGAAAACCAAAGCACUUGUAUACAUCAAACAAUCAGAGUUGAGACCAAAUCGUUUGGUGUGGCUAAGGAUAUUGAUGAUACACAGCAACUUCAUGUGGGUUUUGCUUCUAAAUCAUCUCUUCCACAGAUGGUGACUAAAUCUUCCAACAUAAUGAAAAAACCUUGUUAUGGAUGGAUUAGUGAUGAUGAGGAGGAGGAUGAAGUUGAUAAUCUUAGCUUAGCUUAAUUAUGUCCAUCAGUCCAUAAGUAACUGACAAUAUGGAAGAUAUCUUUGCUCUUGGUAUAUGUAAUGUUUUUUGCAAAACGUAAAGUUAAAACUUAAAAGUAUUAUUGAGAAACAUGAUCACAUCAAAUGUCUGUGCUAUUACAAUUUUUGUAAAUGUUGUGCUUGUAGUAUUUGAGAAAUAGCAGCUCUCCAUCUGUCAACCCAUGUAAUUAUUCAAGUGUCUGGCUUGGUUUCUUUACCUUUCUUACAUUUGUCUUUUAU